GAGCGGGCGGUGUCACAAAAGGAAGUGGCGGCGGCGGCGACGGCGUCAGGCGGGGAGGGGUCCGCGGGCGGCGGCAGCGGCAGCGGCACAAGCAGAAGCAGAGCGGGGGGCGGGCGGCCGGGGGGCCGCGCCGCGCCAUGGCCCAGCAGCAGAUGAGCAGCUCGCAGAAGGCGCUGAUGCUGGAGCUCAAGUCGCUGCAGGAGGAGCCGGUGGAAGGGUUCCGCAUCACCCUGGUGGACGAGUCCGACCUCUACAACUGGGAGGUGGCGAUCUUCGGGCCCCCCAACACUCUCUACGAGGGAGGGUACUUCAAGGCCCAUAUUAAAUUUCCUAUCGACUAUCCAUAUUCGCCACCUACCUUCAGAUUCCUGACCAAAAUGUGGCACCCCAACAUUUAUGAGAAUGGAGAUGUAUGUAUUUCAAUUCUUCACCCACCUGUAGAUGACCCACAAAGUGGAGAGCUGCCAUCCGAGAGGUGGAACCCUACCCAAAAUGUCAGGACUAUCUUACUGAGCGUAAUCUCUUUGCUUAAUGAGCCCAACACAUUCUCUCCCGCCAAUGUGGAUGCGUCAGUCAUGUUCAGGAAAUGGAGGGACAGUAAAGGAAAAGACAAGGAGUAUGCUGAAAUCAUAAGGAAACAGGUGUUGGCUACCAAAGCCGAGGCAGAGAAGGAUGGCGUGAAGGUCCCCACUACGCUGGCAGAGUACUGCAUCAAAACUAAAGUGCCUUCCAAUGACAACAGUUCAGAUUUGCUUUAUGACGACUUGUACGACGAUGACAUUGAUGAUGAAGAUGAGGAAGAGGAGGAUGCCGACUGUUACGAUGAUGAUGAUUCUGGCAACGAGGAGUCGUGACCUGCUCCCUCUGUGCCCCUGUACUGCCCUGCCAACUCAGGCCAGAAGGGAGCAGCGGUAACCUAGCAGCAGUCCAGCAAAAAAGUGUUGGGGGGGGGAUCAAAAAAAAAAAACUUUUGUCUCCUGCUGUCUCCUGUUGUAUGGAUCUGUUUGCUCCUUUUUUAUGGACCUCUUAGAGACCCUCCACAGAAUGUCUGAAUUCUUGCAUUCUUAACCCUUUCAUCACUGUAUUAUGAUUUCUUUUUGAAAAAGAAACUCCCCUUUUCACUUCUCUACAAAAUGCUCACAGCAAAACAGGUUUGCUCGCGAUUAGGUUCUUGAGUUGCAGUCUUGCGUUGAGAUGUUUAAUGUAUUUAAAGCUGGAAAACACCCAUUGGAAGCUGGGUUUUCAGGAGCUCAAGUGCUGCAUUUGCUGGGAAGAAAGAAAUACACACAAAGCGAAUUGCCAAGGUUUAGCUGCUCCAUUUACAAUAAUAGCGUGUGUACAUUUGUUUAGCCUUGUGGUGGUGGCUUUUCCUUUAUAAGGUGUGGGACGAAGAGUGUUAAGCUACUGUGUGUUGAGCUUGAUGGGAUGUUACUGAAAGGUACAGUAUUCCUUUUCUUUUUUGCCUGCUCAAGUUAGGAAAUAUCUGGCCUCAGAGCCCCAGAGAGCAUGGUCACUUUGUCUCUGAAAAAGGUUUGUGAUAUGAACCCUAAAAUAAACACUUAAUACACAGCAUCUGCACAGCUGAGCCCUGGGUUGGUAUUUUUUAUUUUUUAUUUUUUUCAGAUUAGGUUGGGCUUGAAAAAGUUCAGUUUAGCUGUGCUGCUGAGGUUUGCUGCCAGCUGCACCUCUUCAGAGGUAGAACAGCCAUGCAUCCUGCUGCCACUGGGUCAGCCUUCACCUUGAAAUUGUUUUUGACAGUGGAAGAGACCAACAGCCUUCUGCCCCCUGCUCACUAGCAGCCCUUACUUCCUGCAGCCAAGCCCGGUGCUGGCUUGAGCGUCCUUUCUGUUGCUUGUGUAGGUCAUGUGUUGGUGAGUGCAGCUCCGUGGGAUCAGCAGCAGCCAACACUCCCCUUGCUGCCAGUCUGGGGGGCCAGGCUGUCCCUGUGCCUGCAGUGGCUGGGGCGGAGGGAUGCAUGCGUGCUGGGCUCUAACCCUGCCUUGCUACCCAAUCCACAGGUGAGGGUUGCAGCAUGCUUUAGCCACUACCUCCUGCAUGUUUCCGGUGCCCUUGGCAGAGCUUAGGCCCCUCCCUGGUAGGCAGGGAGCAUCCUGCAUGCUGAUCUCUGCAGAACCCUCUUCCUCAGUCCCUCAGCACCCUCACCCCCUGCAGUGGGCUCCUCUUGUUUGGCUGUGGUGCUCCGGCCUGAACUUUCACACACUCUCUCAAUCAGCAGCCAGCCCGGCCAUCCUGUGCUGAGCCCUGGCACCUCUGGGAGGAGAUCUGAGGCGCUGGCCCUGCUUAGGCAAGACCCCCCCAUUCCCAUCCCACAGGUACAGAGUCAGCUAUCCCGAUAAGAGCUGUGGGCUUGGGCGUUGUUUGUGCCUCCCCUUCCUGUAUCUCAGGGUUUCCAAUGGUACGGCACCAGCUGCGCUCCAUCGAGGGGUGCUUUGGUGGGAGUAAGCUUUGUCCUAGGAGCAGCUCGGUGGCCGCAUCCUAGUGCAAGGACUGGGAUGAGAGUGAGCAAGGUCCAAGUGUGCUGCCCAGAGGGAGAGAGGCUGGUGGGGGCUCUGUUUGAAGUAAGCAAGGCAGAUGUGUUUCCAGAAUGUUGCUUGGCUGGGAUUUGCUGCAGCGGGGGCGACCCCUGCUCCUCUGCCGCAGGGUGUGCCGAUGGUGUCCUGCUGCAGAGUGAAGGCAGCCCCGGUGGGGAUAGCUUGUCCCACAGCCCCACUCCUGCUUUUAUGUAACCGGGGCAGCCAGCCGGACCCCUCCUGAAGCCUUCCCACGUGGGCUGCUUCAGCUCAUCCUUCCAGCAAGGACUGAUUCAGCCCCUGCUGCUCUUUGGAGCCAACAGUGGGGCUCCACUUACAUCAAAGUGACAGUGUGGGGCACCCCCAGUUUCACUCCAGCCCAACAACAGCAGCGCUGGUGGCGGGGGAAGGAGCAGAGUGUGGCAAUGCUGGCUGAGCUGAUGACUUGAUUUGAAACGAGGAUACUGCAUCUUUCAGGAUUUCCCUUGUACUUUUGACCGUCUUCACUGUAUACUCUUCAGUGACCUGUAUUUUCAAGCUUGGUGUUGUAAGAUGCAUUAUCACGACUCUUCUGAUACCCUUUUCUAAAGACAAAAAAGCAACCUAUUUUGAGAGCUCCUACGUUAACCAGACCGAUUUCUCUUCCCCACUGUCCCAUGCAGUGUCAUUGCUUGUUGACUUGCUGGUUUCCUUUUUUUUUUUUGUUUGUUUUUUUUUUUUUUGCUAUACAAACUGAAAUAACUAGGGGAUUUUUUUUGAAACUAUUUAAGAGAUUGCAGAAAAAUGUUUACCUGCUCUGUGUAUUCCGUUUUUUUUCUUAACCCUCUUCUCCUGUCUCAGCCAAUAUUAGUGUUUACAUUUGUAACCACAUGCCCUUUCAAAUGCAGUUUUCAACCAUUCUGAAACCAGCAGGGUACACUAGAUUUCUUAGUAGUUUUCUUAGCUGAAAUUCCAGUUGUUUUCCUCUUUUUUUUCUUCACUAUGAUUUACCAGAAAGAAUUAACUGAUGGAUUUUUGUGUUGUCUUCCCCUCCAGUAGUUAUAUUUUGUCUUUUCUGCACAUCUGUCUACUAAUAAAA